AUGCAGUUGCAGUCUCGUGCGCCAGAGCACUUCUCAACUCCCUUCUUUUCUUCCCCAUCCUCCUCCGUUGCCUACGAGUCGGGCUGCUCCUUGGACGCACUAGAGCGCCUUGUGCACUUCACCGGUGCUGGAGCAGACGCAUGCCUCUACGCGGUGCAUCCACCGCAAGCCAAGGGGACCGAUUCGGCAGCGCUGACCCCCACCACUGAAGGUCUACGCUACUGGUUGAACCCAUCCGUGCGAGCGCGUCCGACCACCGCCACGUGCGAGAUUACGAACCUGGGGCCACCCUUCUUUGCCUCGACGUCGACGGCCGUGCUGCGCAUCUCUGCCACCCCGCUCUUCGUCGAUGGCCGCUGUUUUCCCACUCGCUGCGUGGUAAGUCUGGCGACCAGCGCGCAACGGCUGGACGGGGUUUCGCUGCGGCCUGUAGUGGUGACAGAGUGGAAUUUGACUGCGAGUGGGGCGGCUGGUGUGUGCACGACAACGGUCCCCCUGCGCACCCUCUAUCACCUCGCCGUGCUAAUCAGCUCGUCUGCGCCGGCGACAGGCGUAGAAGAGGUGCGCCUUUACCUCCACCUGCGCUUCAUGGGGUGCUCCGAUGGCUCUGACACGCACCGGAUCGCGGCGGUGCGGCUGCGUUAUGAGCAGCUAGGCACCGCCGCCGAGGUACUUCCGCAACUCCUGCAACGGCGGCAGCGUGCUGCGGCGCACGUGAUGCUUCCAUCGCCUUAUGACGUCAAGUACCACAGCGAGGGUCGUUUCACCAGAGCGGGUGCACCUCUUGAGGAGGUGGAGGUGGGCGUCAUCGCAGGCAGCAGCACCGCCACUAGCAGUGGAAGGAAAGACAUGGGCGACGACGCUGGGAAGAGUCUCUUCGUCGGUGCAAAGGAGCGGCGCACGCACACGAGCCCUCCUUCCUCGACGAGAAUGAGGUCUGACGGAUGUGAGGACGCCGCGGCGGAGAGCGCAGCAGCUGUUGCUGCGUCUCCGCCGCGGCGAUCGGCGACGAGGCCGCGCGCCGAGAGGUUGCUGAGUGCAGACCGAGACAGCUCUUCCCGGAUAGAGGCUGUUGGCGUCACCGAGGGCCGCGAUGGCCCGAAACUCGUUUGUGUCGAUCGCGCGCUACGCAUUCCACCCCCUCCACCAAAGUUGUCCGCCGCCGCGGGCUCAGCGCCUUCGCUGUUAAGUGGUCCGUGGCCGCCACGCAAGGUGCGUACCAUCGUCCUGGCCCCCUCCAUCUCUCCCAGUCUCUGCUCAUCUUCCGCUGGCACCUCGCCCCGAGGCUCUCCUUCGCCUCUGCCUUCCCCGCCUCCCACCACGAAUGCCGACUCUAGCGCUAAGGCGCACUCGAACACGUCACUCGCUGGCACCGCGCGCUGCCGCGAAGCCGAGAGCUGCGACAGGGAGGGUUUCGAAGAUGCCGUGGACGCGCUGAUGCCACUAACUCAGCAGAACGUCCAGGGACGCUUUCUCGAGCCUACGAAGCCUGACGAGCGUACCUCUUCUCCCGUCUCAGAUGCGGGAACCUCCUCACAGAGGCGCCAUUGCCACGAGUCCUCCUCCGUGCCGCGACAUAUCCCCUCGGCGGAGGCCCAGGAGGUGUCGCAGGCAGUGGCAGAAAGCUGCCCUGAUCCUCAUCUUCACCCGUUCGCGCCGCAGCAGCUAUACGCCCACUCAGACCCUGCCGUGCUGUGGGCCGCCACCUCGCUUCUGGGGACUCUGCCGUGGACCCUGGCUAGUCAGCAUCAAAGCCGCAUCAGCACCCCAGCCGUUUCGGUGGCCAGCAGUCGUGCGCCGUCGUGCGACGGCAGCGCUCAAGCAAUGUCGACUGACUCGGCGAAAGGGGCGCCAUGUUGGCAGAUGCGACAGCUAACCCCUUCCAAGUCGUUUCUCGACUCUGGCUCGUGCGCGCACCGCAGGGAUACACGAGAGACGCAGCAGAGAUCAUGGAAGAGAACGCCUCUCGGCGCCUUAGACCCCAAUACAAGCUUCCAUCGUCCUGAACGGACGACGGUGACGGCAAAGGCGGAUUUGGCUGCUAUGACGCGAACCUUCAGCACAGAGUCCACGACCGCAUUCCUCCAACAUUGGCGGCGCAACGAGAGCGCUCAUGCAUCACCACAGCUACAUCCGCCUCAUCCUUUUGCCACCGCGUCGCCGUCCACCUCACACCCAAAACCGUUCAGUCGACCCUCUUUCCCGCAGCCGGCCACGACGUACGCACCGCUGCAGCGUCCCACCUCUGCUUUCGUGCCCCGGUUGCUCCUGCGUUCUAGGCAACGCAGCAAUGAGACCCGUGCUGCCUCCUCCACGCAACGGGGAGGAGGCGUGAUCACCACCAACAGGAGCAGGAGCAUCGGCAGCAGUUCUGCGACCACAGCCACAGCAGCGUCUGCGCCGCCGCCGUCUCAAAAUAGGAGUCUCUGGUCAAAGGCUGCUGCCCCUAGCGGCGCCUCAUCGUCUCUCGAUGCCAGGCCACGCCGCAGCGCUACCGCCGAUGUGCAUGAGCGACGACGGCUGAGCACGGCCGCGUCUCCGAUGUCCUCCUCCGCCGUGCUUUCAGUGAUGUCGUCCUCGUGGCUACAGAGCAAUGCGACUGUCACACCGAAGACCCCUAGUGAAUCUGCGGCUGAAAUGAAAUCACAGAGCUCUACGGCUUCCCAGCGAAGCUUUCGCUCAUCCACUGCGCCCCCGUCGAGUCACCGCCCCCAGCACGUCCCUUCACCCACCGGUGCGGCCGCGACGGAACGCAUGGAGGAUGCUGUCUCGGUCGCAUCUGGGAGCAGCGCCCCGCUGCCGCCGUCGCCACUGCCGCCGCCGGAGGGCUGCGCACUUUUCCAUAGCCCAGCGCCCACACACUCAUCGCGGUCGUCCUCGCCCUCUUCGUCGAGCUCUCGCGCCUGCGCUGCGCCUGUUCUGCCCCUGCAAGAGGCACACGACGGCAACCGCAAUCGUAACCGCCCGCGGCAACGCAGUAUCACGCAGUCCGGCAGCGGACACGGUAGCAACAACUCCUCGGCUUUUAGGCAGUUUGUGGUACAGACGUUUGCAGUGUGGAAGCACCAUGCGUCGCGCCGAGGCGUUGGGCGCCGCUGGCUGCGCAUUGAGCGGCUGCCUCCGUCGCCCUCCACAUCGGCGGCAGCUCGCUUCCGCAUUACGCUAGACAAGGCGCACCCACCCGUGUUGGCCCGGGCCUCGAUGCUGCUAGGACGCAGUAGCAGCAGCAGCGGGAACAACAGCGACCAUGCAGCUAACCCGUCGUGUGAGGUGUGCAUACGGCGGACGGACACGGUGGAGGUGUGGUGCGGCCUUCGCGCUUACCACAGCGGAGUGAUUCACCAGAGAAAGGUUCACCGGGCAGAGUGUUGUUUGGUCAUCCGGUGCAACGCUCAGCUGGUGACGGCGGUGGAGUUGGAGUCGACAGAGGCGGUCGACACAGUUCGACGUCUUCUUUCUGAUCGCCGAUGCACACCUCACGCAAAAAUGUAG